UGAAACUGCAAAUACUUUUUUGUUGUUUUGCUUUUGCGAUUUUUGUUUUAUUUAGUUGUUUAGUUAAAUAAGUUGAUUUUACUCUAAAAAUGGCAAAUGCAGAUCCGGUAGACAUCGUUGCUAUAAAUUCGGACGAUGACGACGAUCCAGUCACAGACAAGCCAAUCAUACAACUCUUUAAACGGUUGAUUGACAACGACAACAAGCAAAACACUGUUCUUACAAAUGCCCAAAUAGUUGACAUACUCGACAAAGAGUUUGCUAUCAACCUGUGGGACAUCCACGAGCUGGAAGGUGAAAUCUAUCUUACCAUAGUGAAGAAAUACUUAAAAGACUGGCCAGAAUGGGACAACUUUGACAGAAACAUCAACUCACUGAAAGCCCGGCGCAAUAAGAGUGUCUUAGACGAAAUGUUAGAAACAAAUUAUGUCAACCUUAAAAAAUAUCUAACGGAAACUUUGGAACGGGCUAAGGUUUUGGCUAAAAGCACUGUCGAUAAACUAGUUGAAGACAAAGCGAACGAAUCUAAAGGCUGUAGCAGUAAGACUGACAAUAUUGUUCUAGAAAUUAAAUGCUCUAGGAAUCAGCUUAACCAACUGUUUUUCAGGCGACCGAAUCCAGCGUUGAACGAUUCAAUUUUCAAUGGAGCAGAACCAGAGCCAACACAAAUAAAACUGAACACAUUACCAUUAGAAGCAAUACUGAAUUGGUGGGACGUUAGAAUAUCCAUAUUAAAAGGCACGACAGUCUUCUAUGAUCGUUCAACGGCUCACCAAUUAAACCAUACGCUCAUCAACAAAAACCUAAUGGCUCGAUUCAACCCUCUAAAAACUCUGCCUCAAGAAAUCCAAACCGCUCGCUCUAACAAAGGGAUACUAACACCUUUGGAACAGUAUAUCGCUACCGUUCAAGUGUUGAUGAAAGAAAAUCCGUCUUUAAUCCCAUUACUCAAAUUCGUGAGGAAAGAUUUGCGGUUGAUGCCAGAGAAAGUUCUACUCAGGUUGACGUACCGUCGAUACACAAACAAGUAUCCAUAUAUUAGAUAUUUGUAUACGGAAGUCAAAAAUCCAGAUAUAAAUUCAAGGAUAUACGAUUUGCAGUUGGAGGAAACAGUGUCACCCAUGUACAGGGUGUUCUUAGGGUCUCCGUCGAUAACUAAUCCCACUAUAGAGGUGGGUUGUACACCGUGCCAGCGCAAAUUCAUUGGCACGGAUUUGAUGGAACAACUGAAAGCACAUUUCGAGGAAUGGCAUGCCAAUGAACCUGAUUGGAAGUGUACUAACUGUGGCAAAACUUUCCCCAUGCCAACGCUUGCCAGUACUUGGUGGACUCAUAAAUGUUAAAGAACAACAGAGUCCUUUUCAUGAAAGAAGUCCCGCGAUUUCUUUCAUGAAAAGGACUAUACAUAGAUUUCUGAUAGUACAUGUAUCAAUGUUUUGUCAAUAUAAGUUGAAAAAAAACAUACAUACAGCCGAACAUAGAACCUCCUCCUUUUUGGAAGUUGGUUAAAAAUAAAG